GAUGCUGGAGUUGAAGCGAAUUGGUGCAUUGAGUUGCAUUGCGCACGCCUCAGUGACCCUCGCGCAGCCUGUAUGCUCGACAGUAGCCAUUUCCACGUACUGCCGACCACACCGACCCCAUAGUGCAAUUUCUCAGGCACGGUUUAGGGACUUGAAGCGCAGUCUUAACGCCUGGUGCGCCUAUGCCAGGGCCUUUGCAGAGGCCUUGGGCAAAACGCCGCCGCCCCACGAAACUCGCCUGCACUGUAACUGGCAUCGAACUUCCCUUCAAUCCAGCACAACCGCCUUCCUUACAUCUGUUCAAAUCACCACAACAUUGCGACCGAUUUGUCUUGCUGGCACCGGAUCUCGCCUCCUUUGUCCUCGAUCGAUCUAUCUCGCAACAAUCAAUCUUCGGAGCCCUUAGAUUUGUCAUACCCCGCCGGCUGCGAAACGAAUCCGACACCUUAGAUGUCAAGCUGAUCAGAUCUCGCAACGGCGUGAAGCCUCUGAUCAGACCCUGUAUUAGAGCAAAUUGUGCUUCACGAUGCCGUCAAAGAAGAAAGCAACAACCCACGUCCAUGCAGCGAAACCACAGCCUUCCAACGACUCCCUAAAGAAUGCGCCAACACCUCCCUCGACACUCCAAAAGUCCGACCCUGUCGCACACUCGGCCACGCUGAUCAACGGACAAAAGCCUGCCAGCAAAGGAGACAACGAUUCCAAGACAGGCGAUACCACAGAGUCAGCAGGGGAACCCACACCGACUCCGGCAGUAAACCGAAAAAAGCAAAAAAGACGGGAGAAGGAGGCAGCGAAACGAGCCGCGGAACAAAAGCAACCCAAUGGUGAUGUCUAUUCAAUCCCGAAGCCACAUGGACAACUGCCUCCAGUCAAGCAAGGGCGAGGCCCGGUAAAGGGCUACUUCACCGAAGAACCAGAUUAUCCGGAUCCUUCUGAUCCGUCCUAUGCUGAUAUCGGAAGUCCCGAAGAAGCCUUUUACAGUGGUGACGAGGAUCCCCACUAUGCCGACGGUGCGGAAGGCAUGCACGACAGCUCAUGGCUGAAUACGAGCAAGCGGAAAAAGUCCAAAGGUGGAAAGUCGCAUCUACCAGACACCGAAUCCUUAUCACGGUCUUCCACCAUGCUGUCGAGGUCACACAUCCCACCCUUGUCCAAUGCAGCUAUGCGAGCAUCCCAGAAACUGUCCAGUAGCGACCAUAUCUGGAACACCUCGACGCAGGCCGAACGAGAAAAUAUCAAACAAUUCUGGCUGGAACUGGGGGAGGAAGAACGCCGCUCGCUAGUAAAAGUGGAGAAAGAGGCUGUUUUGCGCAAAAUGAAGGAGCAGCAGAAACAUUCAUGCAGCUGUUCGGUGUGUGGACGGAAGCGGACAGCAAUCGAGGAAGAGUUGGAGGUUCUCUACGAUGCGUACUAUGAGGAACUCGAGCAAUUCGCCAACCACAACACGGACCUGUCCAGCGUACCGCAGAUGAUGGCCCCACCUCGCCCACCGUUCAGAAGAGUCACACAUCCGAUGGCAGGCUCAUUUCCUUCUCGAGGUCGUGUACACGAGGUCGACGAGGACGAUGAAGACCUGGAGGAUGAAGACGAGUAUGACGAGGAGGACGAUGAGGCGUAUAGUGACGAAGAUGAUUACGAUGAUCAUGGGCUUCCGCCUGGUCCGCCUGACUUCUUCCAAUUUGGCAACAGUUUGACUGUCAAGGGUCUGAGUGAACAAUUUCCGGGGUCUUGGCUGGGAAAGCUGACAAUCUUGAUAGAUGGCAUACUCACCGUUGCAGAUGAUCUGCUGAAGAACGAUGGGAAGCAUUUCAUAGACAUGAUGGAGCAGCUGGCGGAGAGACGCAUGCAACGUGAGGAAGACAUUCACUACCCCAGUUCUUCAUAUGCUCAUCGAGAUUAUCAUCAAGGUCACAAUCAUCCUCCUAUAGAUGAUGACGAUGACUAUGACGACGAGGAAGAUGAUGAGGACUAUGAUAGUCAGGAGGAGGAUGAUUUCGAAGGGGACGAAAUGGACUCCAUGACUGAAGAACAACGGAUGGAAGAAGGCCGACGAAUGUUUCAGAUAUUCGCAGCUCGGAUGUUCGAACAGCGCGUUCUGACGGCAUAUCGAGAGAAAGUGGCAGCAGAACGCCAGAAGAAGCUUCUCGAAGAACUCGAUGAAGAGUCACGUCUCGACAGUCAACGAGAAGCCAAGAAGGCUAGAGAAGCGGCCAAGAAGAAGGAGAAGAAGAAAUUGCAGAAGAUGGCCAAGGAUGAAGAGAGGGCUAAGAAAGAGGCUGAGAAGGCGGCGCAAGAAGCAGCGGCCCGCGAACUGGAAGAGAAGCGCCAGGAAGAUCAGCGUAAACGACGCGAGGAGCAAAGAAAGAAGCGGGAGGCUGAAAAGAAAGCUGCCGAGGAGGAACGCCUGCGGAAAGAGGCCGAGAAACACCGAAAGCAGCAGGAGCAGCGUGAACGACAGCUCGAGCUCGAACGCAAACAACGUGAAGCCAAGGAACGAGAACGGCUGAAACGCGAGGAGAUGAAGAAGAAAGAGCGCGAAGAACGAGAGCUGAAAGAAAAGGAGGCGAGGGAACGCAAAGCGAAAGAGGACCAGGAGAGAAAGGCCAAGGACGAGCAAGCGAAGAAAGAGAAAGACGCAGCGCAGAGAGCACAUCAAUCCUCUGCGAAGCAACAACCCGUAGCUCUGCCGCCUGGUCUACAUCCUCCUUCACGAGGUUCAAGCAUUCACUCGCCGCAUUUUCAGGUUGCCACACCGGUCGUUCCUCCUAAGGUCCCUACACCUGCUCGAAACCGACAACCAUCACAGCCGAGCCAAUACUCUCACGGGUCUUCUCCAAAGUCCCAAAAAGCAAGCACCGAUGUCUCUGGCAGUUCCAUAUCGCCUGCUACAGUGGCUAUGCCACAGACACCAGCACCCGGACAGCACCCGAAGGCCCAAGGUCAACAACCUGUGCUGCAUCAUCCACAGCCUUCCGCACCAAGAUCCCCGCUGAACAAUCCGGGGCGUGGACAGUAUCCCUUCAAUGUGAAUGGGAUUCCCCCUGUGGGCGUCAAUGGACCAGCCAUGGGUGGACCAGGGAUGAUGCCAGGCAUGAUACCUCCUAUGCCGAAUUACCAGGGCCCUCCCGUGGGCAAUCAACAACGUUUCGCCAUGAACGGCAUGCAGUAUCCUCCUGGGAUUGCUAGGCCAUUCCAGCCAGGUCAACAGAUGCCAUUUGUGCCACAGGCUCCUGGACAGGUCCCCCCCGUGGCGAAUCAACAGACUGUGCCGAAGCCCGUUGGCCAUUCCAGGCAACCUUCGACAGACACCAGUUCACAACCGACGCCGAUAUCACGACCAGGCCCAAUUGCCCGACCCUCCAGCACAACGCCUGACAAGCAGAAACCGAUACAAAGAUCGCCCGACGCUGAUGUGGAGCAUCUCGCGACACAACUAGGAAGUAAAGCACUGCUGGAUGAUACCGAUGAGCCAUUCCUGGAGAACGCGGAGUCACGAAUCGGCCUUGCGCCUGUCGGUCCUCCUCCGUCGACGAGAAUGCCGUUCGCAAGUAGCUUUUCGGAGCUCAAACAGGAGCCUUUUGCACCCAUCAACCACGGAUGGGGCGGCUUCCAUUCUGGUGUAUCUCCCGCAGCUAAUUGGGGAGCUCCAGGAACGCAACGACCUAGCCCUGGCUGGUCUCAACCUCCAUUUGGCGCCCUCGGUGGUGUGCCUCAACCUAUAUCAAGGUCGCAUUUUCCUCGGCCGAUUGCUGUCCGAUUGAUGCUUGUUCAGGCAUGCCGACAGUUGUCACAAACUCCUGGAUCCAGUGCCGACGGCUAUCACCCCGCGCAAGCAGUCCUUCGACAGUUGGAAAUGAUCAAGGCUCCCGGUGAACCGCUUGUUUCCAUGGACGAAAUGCUGGGUAUUUGCGACACAGAAGGGAACCCUCAAAAUGGUGGAGGUUCGUUCGAAGUCGUCAUCGACAAAUCCAGAGGACAAGUUAUCAAAUUUGUGGAAGAUGCGCCCGGCCCACACAGAGGCAGUGUUGGAGAAAUUGGAAGCCCUGUCAUGGGACACAGUCAACAUAUCCAAACGAGUCCGUUCGGGGGCAUUGGCACAAGCAGUUUCGGACCGCCGGGCAGGAGUUUCUAGUGGCUGACUCCACCAAGGACCAAAGCUCAGCCUCAUAGUGAUGAGCGACGCGUCCAUGCGCAGGCCGUGCCGUUGGGACUUCGGCGAAGCAUGUCAGCGAAUUAAGAGGCGGCUCGUUUUGUUACCGCCUGGUUGUUGUAUGCUCAACAAUGGGGAAAAACUUGUUGUGAUCACGAAGGCUGUGUGUGUGUGUGACUGUGUGUUUGCUUGUCCUACUCCUUCUCUCAUUUGAAGGGUUGCGUGUUUGAUUAGCAAUUCCGGCUCGAGGUUUUCCUGGUCUCGUUUCAUCAUAAAGCAUUUGGUGACUGGUUCGGGAUGCGUGGGCAGGCUGCCGUAUCGGACUAUCCGCCUUUUUUUUUGUCCCUUUUGAAGGGGAAAUUACGGAGUCGUCAAUUCAAUAGCAGUGUCAAUCAUAUGAAGCAGUGUUUUUGAACUGCGGGUAUGAUGAUUGAGCAUACCAUAAUUUCAAAAAGACAUUUUUUCCGUCACCGAUUGUUUUUGGAGAUUGAUUAUGUAUAUAUUUAUACCAGUAGCUCCUCAAAACUUCCACCGAGUAUGAGGCGGAAAG